AUGGAUUGGGGAGCUCUGCAUACUAUUUUGGGAGGUGUAAAUAAACACUCCACCAGUAUCGGGAAGAUAUGGCUCACAGUCCUCUUCAUCUUCCGUAUCAUGAUCCUGGUUGUGGCUGCAGAGAGAGUCUGGGGAGAUGAACAAGAUGACUUUGUCUGCAACACACUUCAGCCUGGCUGCAGAAAUGUUUGCUAUGAUCACUUUUUCCCCAUCUCUCAUAUCAGACUCUGGGCCCUGCAGCUGAUCUUUGUCUCCACACCUGCGCUGCUGGUGGCCAUGCAUGUGGCUUACAGGAGGCACGAGAAGAAAAGGCAGUUCAGAAAAGGAGACCAGAAAUGUGAAUUCAAGGACAUUGAAGAAAUCAGGAAACAGAGGUUUCGUAUUGAGGGCUCCUUGUGGUGGACGUACACCAGCAGCAUCUUUUUCAGACUGAUCUUUGAAGCAGUGUUCAUGUACGCGUUUUAUUUCAUGUACGAUGGGUUCCGAAUGCCUCGCUUAAUGAAGUGCAAUGCCUGGCCCUGCCCCAACACUGUAGACUGCUUUGUUUCCCGACCUACUGAAAAGACAGUGUUCACUAUUUUCAUGAUUGCUGUGUCUAGCAUUUGCAUUCUUUUAAAUGUGGCUGAAUUAUGUUACUUACUGACAAAGUUUUUUCUCAGAAGGUCUAAAAAAGCUGGAAAUUCAAAACAGCAGCACAACCAUGAGAGCAAGGAGGAAACCAAGCAGAAUGAAAUGAAUGAGUUAAUAUCUGAUAGCUGCCAGAACACAGUUAUAGGGUUUUCAAGUAGCUAA